UAUGAUUUAUGGAAGUUAGUCAACCAACGUUAAAAAUAUUUUUACUUUUGGCAACACUGGAAUAUCUCUUUUUCCGGCUCGCUGUGUCAAAGAAAACCACAGCAUGAAGCAAAUAGUGGCGAACCAGAAAGUGAAGAUCCCUGAGGGUCUCACAGUUCACGUGAAGUCGCGGUUGGUGACUGUGAAGGGACCGCGAGGUGUUCUCAAGAGAAACUUCAAGCAUUUGGCUGUGGAUAUUCGCAUGGUCAACCCUCGCCUACUGAAGGUGGAGAAAUGGUUCGGUUCGAAGAAGGAACUUGCUGCUGUGAGGACAGUGUGCUCGCACGUAGAGAACAUGAUCAAGGGUGUGACAAAGGGAUUCCAGUACAAAAUGCGUGCGGUAUACGCUCACUUCCCCAUCAACUGUGUCACCAUUGAAGGAAACUCCAUCAUUGAAAUCCGUAAUUUCCUUGGAGAGAAGUUUAUCCGGAGGGUAAAGAUGGCCCCUGGUGUGACCGUUGUCAACUCUCAAAAGCAAAAGGACGAGCUGGUGAUCGAGGGUAACUCCCUGGAGGAUGUAUCAAGCUCUGCUGCCCUGAUCCAACAGUCCACAACCGUCAAAAACAAGGACAUCCGUAAAUUCUUAGACGGUCUUUAUGUUUCUGAAAAGACUACUGUUCUACAAGAUGAAAUAUAAGGACAUUGUUUAAGAUUUAA